UGAGCUGUCAGCAGCAUCAGUUCAACUCAAGCCUUUGUCGAACCAACAAUCAACAACAGCGAAUCAACAUGAAAUUCUUCUCAGUUGUCACCGUCUUUGUGCUCGGUCUCUUGGCCCUGGCCAAUGCUGUUCCAUUGUCGCCCGAUCCAGGCAAUGUGGUCAUCAAUGGCGAUUGCAAAUACUGCAAUGUCCAUGGCGGCAAAUAGACGUA